AUGGAGUCGUCCCACGACGCCGCCGCGCCAUCCUCUCCGAUCCAGGUCCAUUUGGAGCUCGACGAUCGCGACGACAUGGACGACCUUCUUCUUGACCAGCUCAAUCCAUUGUCCAACCUUGGCCAUGACGAUGACGACACCCGCUCAUUUGCUGAGUACUCUCUGGCCAACGACCUGCCGAUGCCCGACGACCCCGUGCCUGACCUCGAGACCCUGGACGAGACCAACUCCGCCGUUCAAACCCUCGAGUGUAAGAAGGAGGAGUCUGAGCCGCAUUCCCCGUUUGGAACGCCCGAGCCGCAGCCCAUCAACCCUUGGAAUGAGCAUGAUACCCGCACAGUGGGCAGGUUCCUCCAGAGCGCCCACGGCCCCUUGCCUGUCACUGCCAUUGCCGAACACAUGGGUCGCGACGUCGUAGAUACCACAGCGAUGCUUGUAUGCGUGUGGCUGUCGGCGGUCAGGGUGUCCGAGGAGCGGAGCGCCCGCAUUCCCUGGUGGGCCGGCCGGCCCGUUUUCAACUCCACUGGUUUCGGCCGAGUCUCCGUUUUUACACGGAAGGAAGGACGGAUCUUGCUGCAACUUUACGAUGCCCAGGGUCAGCUCGAUGCGGAAGCACCGAUUGAGAAUCCCAGUCAGGUAUACGAUCAGGACAUGGUUUGA